GGCGGCGGCGGCGGCAUCUUUCGAAUGUUCAAACUCCUCCCCGCUCUCUCCUCCGGCUGCAAGAUGGUAGCUCUCCUCAACCGCUCCUCAAGCAAAAACAACUUCCUUGCCGACCACGCCACCACCAUAACCCUCUUCGGCCACCGAAAGGGAAGAGUCACCCUCGCCAUCCACGACGACACUCGAUCUCCUCCCAUUUUCCUCAUAGAACUUCCCAUCCUUACAAGCUCUUUUCACAAGGAAAUGGCUUCUGGAGUCGUUAAGCUUGCUUUGGAGAGCGAGACGAGGACGCAGAGGAAAAAGCUCAUGGAAGAAUAUGUUUGGGCUGUUUUCUGCAACGGCCGUAAGUCUGGAUACUCGAUUCGGAGAAAGCAUUCCCAGGCUUCCGAUGACGAACAACAGGUAAUGCAGUUGCUGCGCGGCGUUUCAAUGGGGGCCGGAGUGGUGCCGUGCGAGGUUGGGCUGGACGGGGAGAUGACGUACAUGCGGGCCAGGUUUGAGAGGGUGGUGGGGUCCAAGGAUUCGGUUGCCUUGUACAUGAUUAACCCGGAUGGGACGGGCGGGCCGGAGUUGAGUGUGUUUCUGGUCCGGGUCAAAUAAUAUAAAAAGAAAUUUUGAAAAUAUUUGUAUUAUUAGUCGAUAUUAAUGCAUUCACAUGAUGUAAUUUUAUGAUAAAGAUAGAUGAAUAAUACUAAUUAGGCGUGUUCUUUUUGGUGA